AUGACAGUCCAGACCAAGGAUAAAGUGAGCUAUGUCCAUUUUGGACGCGGCGGUGCAGGAAACUGCACCGACGCACCAGCGAGGGACGCACGUCGCCCGCUCUGGGCAUCUGACUCGAAAUCUGCAUCCACACCCGCUCAGUUCAACAUAGGUCGACGCUAUUCGACAGGCAUAGGCGGCACGGGAAACUUCUCAUUCCCAAGGAAAGUCGACGACGCCAAGGACGCAGAGGGCAAAAAUGAGGACAUGGCGCGGUUGCUAUAUGACCGUUCGGCGCCCGGGAUCGUCCUUGUCGAGGGUGGUCAUCAUACGGGAAUAGGCGGCUUCGCAAACAGGUAUCAGCCCACCGACCUUGAGGACCAGGAAGCACGGCUGAACAACGAGAAUAUGCGGCGACAAAGUCUCGCGGGUGUGGCACGGCGGAGGGCAAGUAUGGCUAUGUCGACUUGUUUGCCUUUGAAAGAACCGUGUAGUCGCACGGGUAGUCUAGCAUCAAUGCGUUAUUUCGUCAUGGGCAUGGGACGAACACCGAGCAAGGUCUGA